AUGAAGCGUAAAAGAUCAACACCAAAUGAGAGACAAAAACCCUUCAGUAAGCUCCUCCAAUACAUCCGCCAUAUUUCUCUCCUCUGCUACUACCGCUACUCCGUUGAAAUCGGUAUCUCAACUAUGGAGGGCUGGGAAGCUUUUAUUGUUAACUCCAUUUUCCUCCUCCUACUUGUCUCCAUCCUGAAACAAGCAACCAAAGGUAUAAUCAUCCUUUCCUCCUUUAUUCAAACCUCUUUCCCUUCCCUAUCAACUCUCCCAGCCUUUAUCUCUAACUAUUGGCCAUCUUAA